UAAGUGGAGUAGAAUACAUAGGUGCUAAAAUAAUGAUGAUGACUAGGGUGUGAUAUGGGCUAUGGCAAUGGACUUUCGUUAAAACAUGAUGCAAUAAAACUUAACACUGACAAGAGAGUUUCAAGAGAGCCCUUGAAUGCAGGGCUGUUAGUCGUGUGCUUAAAAGUUACCUGGCCAGAUGAUUUUCAGUGUGUCCGUUUCGGCUAAAAACUCUAAGACUGUUUGCAGGUUAAAAAGAGGUUCAUCGCUAAGAAAAAAUGCAGGGUGAAGGGGUAAAUUCUCGCGAUAUGCAGCAGGGAAAUACUUUUUCCUCUCUGUUUCUAUUGCAGCGCACUCAAUAAGAGCAUGGAGGACAGUGAGAUUAUAGCCGCACUUAGCACAAGUUGGAGGAUCGCCCCCAGUCAAGAGAUGAGAUCCCGCUGAGCCUGAGCCCGACAGUGAGCGCAAAGUGACUCUCGACGCCGCCGAAGCGGGACGCCUCGCCGAAACGAUAAAGGACAUUCAGCAGGAGCUCAAGAACUCAGAUCUCGGCACUCCCAGGUCCCAUGCGAACAUCGCAUCACUGAAGCGCAAAGCUGUAUCCCUGGCCAAUUUUCUCAGCGUGCUCGAUCCGCACGCAAGCGAGGGCGAUGCAUCUAGACGCAACAGCUGUUAUGACAGUGAAGCUGACACGUGGACUAUCUGCAAGUUCGAGGGUAUCGAAGCGAUGCGGAAAUCCAACGAACUGACGCUGCCGCUGAAGGAGCCCUGCAAGCUGGCUGGCUACACGUUCACGCUCACCUGCAAGUUCGAGAAGAGCCGGGGAAAGCUAUCCAGCGUUGCCUUCCUGUUCUGCCUCUGCGCUGGAGACAGGGACGACUUCCUGGAGUGGCCGUUCGCCAAGAAGGUGAAACUCAGCAUCAACCAUACUACGGUGGAAGGCAGAGAUGUCCCGGUCACAUUGAAGAUUUGCCAAGAGAAGAAUGCCGAAAGCCUGAAGAGGCCGCAGCCAGACGUGCCGCAGAAAGGAAUACUGUCGAAGAAGAUCACGUGGAAGAACAUCGAGAAGAAGGAUCUAGUCAGAGACGACUGCCUGUUCGUGGCAGUGGAAUUCGAAUGAGCGGCAGCUUACGCAUCACCCUCACUACAUCAUAUUUCAUCUAUCGCGAUUUUGUACUCUUCCUUUCGUGCACUAAAAAAGUGCAGAGAAAGGCAAAAAUCCUAAGCUACACCUAGACGUCUCAAGACAGCAGGGUACAUUCAUCCGAUGAGUCCAAAGGCCUUACUCCCUCCCGGACACAGGCACCACCUCAGAGGUCUACCCACUGAGGACCUCAACCCUCCCUCCUCCCUAUAAUCACUGCGGUGACUAUCACAACACACCACACAACUUAUUGCAAUGCAAUCAGACACUACUCCCCUUGUCCCAGCCCUCAUUCCUCUAACCCAAUUCCUUAGGUCGAAUGGUUGACCACCGCAACCGUCCUUCACGAUUGGCGGUUCUUUGCGGACGUAAUUGGCCUACAGCUCUAAAGCAUGCUGCAAGCAACAUCCUUUACGUAAGGUUUUUUUUUCGUGCAAUAAAUCAGUUUCUCUCCCUAAAACACUGUCGCGAGUGAGAGCAAAUGAUGUUCUUUGCGCAUCCAGCGCUUUUGGGGCCAAGAACGCCAACCUCGAUGCUGAUGUCGCGUGCGCGAAGUGCUUCCAUGACGAUAAACAAAAAACUUGGGGCCAGUUUUACCCUGGUCUCUAGAGCCAUCACAUGUGUCUCAUACUGUCUUAGAAACCCACAUUUAAGCCACAGCCCACAACGCCCCAAUUCACACACACAUUCUUAAGAUCACUCUAAACGUAUCCCAAAUCUUGUUUCAUAGCAGUUAUUGAAAGGUGGUUUUGAGCACGACAAGGGCACACCACC